CACGGAUGUGCUAACAUGACAGAUCAGAGCGAGCUGCGGCUGGCCGUGGAUGGAAAAUCAGGAAUCGCAGACAGCGGUUCAGCUAUGACAGAGCGCAGUCUGGCUGACAAUUAAGAGAUUGCUUCGAAACUUGCAUUUACACUGAUCUGUUUACUGAAGGACCGAUAUUCAGUAGGCAGCUGUCUGUCUGUCUGGUUUACAAAGCCGGCCGGUACGCUUCUUAUGCUCGCCCCGCUGUAGCACACAGGCUAACGCUCCUGCAGUAGAUGUUAGCUGGUGAAGAGUCUGCUAGCCGCUAGCUACAUCGCACUGUCAUAUUUUGGCUGCUUACUGUAAACCUGUGAGACAGGAAUUGUAGGCAUGAGUGCCGCAGUGUAUGUGUUAUCCACGGUUACGGGUUACGUCCUCACCUCGGCGUUAUUACUGAAAUGUCCGUCCCUGCUGCACCGGAGGAAGAGAGAGACGUUUCGCAGCAGACACAUAUCACAUCGCGGUGGUGCAGGUGAGAACCUAGAGAACACAAUGGCAGCCUUCAGGCAUGCUGUACAACUUGGCACAGAUAUGCUGGAGCUGGAUUGUCACUUGACCAAGGACGAGCAGGUGGUGGUGCUGCAUGAUUCCAACCUGAAGAGGUCGACUGGUGUUAGCGCCAACAUUUCAGAUGUGGCGUAUGCUGAUCUUCCACCUUACUUGUGUAAGCUUGGGGUGACUUUCAAGCGAGAGUGUUUUGUUGAAGGUGGCAACGACAAGCACAUUCCCCUGCUGAGAGAUGUCUUCGAGGCCUUCCCAAACAUGCCCAUUAACAUUGACAUCAAAGUCAAUGACGACACACUUAUUAAGAAGGUCUCUGAGCUGGUUGUAAAAUAUGACAGGGAGCAUCUGACUGUAUGGGGUAACUCCAGCAACCAGAUAGUUCAGAAAUGUUACAAAGAGAACCCCCUGAUCCCAGUGCUGUUCAGUUUGCCCAGAGUGCUGCUGUUGGUGGGGCUUUUCUACACAGGCCUUUUGCCCUUUGUGCCCCUCAAAGAACAGUUCUUGGAGAUCCCUAUGCCUUCCAUUACUACCAAACUCAGAGACCCCAGGCGGAUGACACGGGCCGAGCGGUUCAUCACUUGGUUGGCAGACACCCUCCUCAUGAGAAAAGCUCUUUUUGACCAUCUAACAGCUAGGGGAAUACAGGUGUAUGUGUGGGUGCUGAAUGACGAGGAGGACUUUAAACGUGCCUUUGACCUCGGAGCCACAGGUGUGAUGACGGACUAUCCCACCAAGCUGAAAGAGUUCAUGGAGAAGAACGGCCUCCCUAAAUCCAAGUGACCUGCCAGCGGAGAGAUUGGCCCUGUUUUUUGUCCACUGCCCUUUUCCCCACCGUUCCACUUGGUCUAGUUGGAGUAUCCUGCUCUAUUGUUUUUGCACAUCUGCAUUCACUUGUGUGAGGUAACAGAAGAGGCAGCUACGAGCGUGAUGACCACUUUUUAAUACGAUUACUUGUCAGAAACCCACAGUAGCUGUCUCUAAUCAUCCAGUAGUGCAAUAAUAAUCAAUGUUCAUAGCAAAUGCUGGAGAGUUUUCAUUUAGCAGUGGAGAUUUAUGGUGGAAAUACAAUUGGUGUGUAGUCUAUUUCAGAUCCUCUUUUAUUGCAGUAUUAUUGUUGAUGUGCUCCUUUCAGAUACAAUAAGUAGAUUUUUUUUUUUAUUGAAGCUUUAAGAGAAAAA